GGUCUGAUUUUUCCAUUGGGUCGGUUGGCGCGCGAACGCGUUUCGCGCACGGCUCCAAUGGGACGCCCAUCUUAGAUGAGGCUGGCCAUUGGCGAAGGUGCAAGGCCGAACACCACCUACAAACUGGGCGUGGUCAUGUCGCCUGUGCCCGUGUCUGAGAACUCAGAUACGAGCAAGGCUGGCCGCGUGCCGAAGAUCCCACUGCAGAAUUUAAACGAGGGCACGGUCAGCACACCCAUUGUGGUGCCAGCGAAAGAGGAGGCAGCCUGGGACAACUCCUCCUUGGAGAGCGAGCGGGGAGGGCUAGCAGUCGCGGCUGCGUGGGGACUGGUGGUCCUUCUGGCCCUUUUUGCAGCGCAUCCUGCUGGUGGAGCCUGGCCAGUUCUGCCCGUCGUGGCGAGCGUGGUUCUGGUGACGGUCUUCUUGCUACACCAGGUAAUCCUCCUGACAAGCUGGAAGACUAAGCUUAGCCACCGACAAGAAGCCUUAGCUGCCAUUUGGAUUUGGCUCCUGAGCUUCCUCCUGUCUAUGUUUAGUUCACCCGGGCGCCGGGAAGUUUUGGCAGGCGAUGACGCAUGGCAAUUGCGGGAAGAUCCUGGGAACAGCACUGCCGCGCUGUGGAUCGUCCUUGUGCUCUUCGCAGCUGCUGUAACUGUGGACUUGGGGUUUCGAGAAUUCACUGCGCUCGGGCAAGUGAUUGCCCUGCAGCAUCUUCUCAUCAGCGCUCUGCUGCAAGCAGGAAGUUGCUGCAGCGACGGCGCCUACCCGUCCUUUGGCGGGGUCUUCCUUGGGCUACCGCCCUGGCUGGUUCCAAGCCUGCAGCUCCACCUGUUGGCGCUCGGCUUUUCCAUGGUACGUCUUUGGAUGGAGCAGGACAAGCAAGUCCGGGCGGCGGUGAACGACUACCUCGAGGGCAAGGAGGUUCCGGAUGUGCUGGCGCCAGGUGGCGGAGGCGCCAUCAAGACCAGGAUUGAGAUGAUUACAGAGCUGUUGGAUGGCGAGAUCGACUUCUUGCAGGAGCUCCUGCAGAAGGUCGCCAACCUGGCAUCCUCCAAUAGGGCCCACGUCGACUGGAUGCGAUCUGUGGACUUUCUCCUGGACCUGCUCACCAGUUGCGCGGACGUGCUGAAGCAGAGCCACGUGAACAACGACGACUUGGAGGUGCCGGACCUCCAGGAUCAGCUGUCUGGCUGGAUAGGAGCUGGAGCGGUCGGCAGGCAGCAGACGACACCACGCAACACCGAAGCGGCGAUGAUGCCGCCCACCGCUUCGAUCAGCGGUGGCGUGCAGCAGGGAGUGACGCUGCCGGGGCAGCUUUCGCCAGACGGCUGCGGCUCCUCCCAUUCCUUGCACCUACAGCAGUCCAGUUCCGGGCAGCACUGGGCGCCGCCAGGAGACAGCUCUUUGCAACGGUUUGCGGAUGCUGCGAAGGACGCCUCCUCCAAGAGCAUGGAGCCCAUCCAGUCGGAGCUGCCCUUGAAGUCCGAGGACAACGUGCGCUCCCAUUUGAUGGUCGGCGAUUGGAGCUUCGACGCGCUCAACGUGGCCGCAAAGCACCAAAGCGUGCUGAAGAUUGUGGGCAAAGAGUUCCUCGGGGAGCGAGGGCUGAUGCCCAAGGAGCAUCUGAGCGCCUUCCUCGACACCUUGGAGUCCAGAUACGACGCUCAGAAUCCUUACCACAGCAAUGUUCAUGCUGCCGACAUGACCAAUGCUUUGUACUUCAUGUUCGAGAACUGCGGCUUACAGGAGCGCACGGAGGUCUCAGAGACCACGGUCACCUGCAUGUUCCUCGCCGCCUUGGGUCACGAUGUUGGACACCCUGGCUUUAACAACAACUUCCUGAUCAACUCCCGGCAUGAGUUCGCGCUCACGUAUAGCGACCGCAGCGUGCUGGAGAAUUUCCAUUCAGCAGAGCUCAUGCGGCUGCUGGGUGGGACGGUGAAGGGCGCGAACUUGUUGUCUUCUUUGCCGGUGCAAGAGCAGAAGCAGGAGCGAUUCUGGAUGACCUCCCUGAUCCUGAGCACGGACAUGUCGAAGCUGAUGCAGGACCUAAGCAGUCUUCGUAUGAAGAUCAGCUCCGGCAGUCUCUCUGUGGCCGACGACGUGGCUGACCAGCAGUUCGUCAUGAGCUGGCUGUUCAGAUCUGCGGACAUCGGUCACUCGGCCAAGCCCUGGGACAUCCACGAGGCGUGGUCUAUGCGGGUGGUCCAGGAGUUUCAUGCCCAGGGCGAUGAAGAGAUCAGGUUGGGCCUGCCGGUGUCGCCAUUGUGCGAUCGUGCAGACUUCAAGCUCGGGAAGUCCCAGGCCGGCUUCCUUCAGUUUGUUUGUCUGCCCACCUUCGCAGAGAUCAAGAAUCUCGAGGAGAUCCUCACUCCCGAGGAGCACGAGGGAGCCUCGCCCACACUCAACAGAGUGACCAGCCAGAACAGUAUCGGAGUGGUCUCGCCAUCCCUUACCAAGACGAGGACAGAGCGCGUGGAGCGCCCGGCAUUGGCCGGGGGCGCUGGCCGGAGGAGGUCCAUCGCGCAGCUGGUCAGCAGCAAAACCAGGAUGGAGUUAUGCCCAUCGCCGCAGGCGCCGCAGGCCAUCCACCAGGUGCCUGCCUCGCCCCAGUCCACCCCGCGGAACCCGCUCUCCACGCGGAAUCGAAGGCCCUCCCAGCCGACGCAUUCCACAGCGGAGGCCAAGGUGUCACCGGAGGACGUGCUGAAGGUGCCCAUGGAUAGUAAGCGUCGAAUGUCUUUGGGGUCUUCGGCCAGCCGUCCGCGAACGCCGAAGAUGGUCACCAAGGGUUCGUCCUCCAGCAGUCUUGGCUCCAGACCUGCAAGGGUCAUCAAUGCGCGCAUCUACCUGCAGUGCAAAAAGAACAUGGCGACCUGGCAGCGCAUGGCGCAAGACGAGGAGACGCACAUUCAGUCUUCUCCUCAGGUGUCGAAGGGCUCCGCGAGCCUGGCGCCGGUAUCUUCAGAAAGCUCUCGCGGCGAGUGAGGGCGCCGAUGAGGGUCGGCUUGCGAUCUCUGAGGGAUUCCGCAGCCUAGUCUUUUGAAUGAGCCGAUGGUCGGCCACGAGUUUUCGAGUUUUUAGGUGAUUCGGAAGCACCGCGUU